UGGACGUCUCUCCUGAGCUCAGGGAACUCAAAGACAUGGUGCUGGAGCUGAGAGGGGAGCUGAUAGUGACCCAGAAUGAACUAAAGAACACCAAAGCCGAGAUGCACAAAAUGGAGGCUGACAAUGAUGUUGCCAUAACAGAGGUGGUUCAUAUGAAGAGCAGACUGUCUGCCAGUGAAACUGAGGUGGAGAAACUCAAGAUGGAACAAGCAGCACAAGAGUCAGAGCUGACAGCAGUGAAGAACAGACUGGCAGCCACCGAGACUGAAGUAGUGAAUCUGGAGAAAGAGAUUACAGAGAAACCCAAGGUGGCAUUCUCAGCAGGUCUGACUGACUCAGGGUUCAUAGAGGCUGGGAAUACUGAGCUGAACUUGGUCUUCACUAAAAUCAUCACCAAUGUUGGACAGGCCUACAGCAACGAAACCGGCUUCUUCACAGCUCCAGUGAGAGGAGUCUACUACUUCAGAUUUACAGUCCUGGAUGGACUAAACUCACGCACAGUGUCUAUUAGAAUGAUAAAGAAUUGGCAGCAGGUCAUGUAUUUGCAUGAGUAUGAUACCGAUGGGCAUAAUGCCUAUCUCUCUAGUGGUGUGACUCUGCAGCUGGAGGUGGGAGAUGUGGUUAACAUGCAACUCCCUGAAGGCUCCAGGCUCUAUGAUAGUUCUAGUAACCACAGCACUUUCAGUGGCUUCCUAGUCUUUGUUCUUUGAAGGGAAGACAAUGUUCAACUGCUCAUGUUGUCAAAUGAUACAUAAUAUGCUUCACGAUCAUAAUUAAAUAAGCCACUUUUAAACUAAAAUUCUUCUGUGUCAUCAUUGGAAAUAUUGAGAAAUGCUUUGCACUUCUUUCUCUUUGCACUCAGGCUGCUUGUGUAACUUCUGCUCACAGAUCUCUUCUCUCUCUCUCUCUCUCCUUUCAAAAAUGAUUGUAAGUAAUGUCGAAUAAUGUGCUGAACAAACUUGAGCAAAUCAACCAUUUUCAAACUGAAAUCUUUUGGAGUAAUCACUGGAAAUA